CGUCGUCCGUUUCCACCUCGCACCUCACUUGCUCCUCCUCCUCCUCCUGUCGCAGGCAGGAUGGAGCGGGAUCCGGCCGCUGAGGCUACCAUUGCGGCUGUGGCUGCUGCUGCCGCUGCUGCGUCGGAUCAAGCGCGUGAUCAGGCGCAAAUUCAGGCAGAGGACCAGCACGUCUCGGGGGAACACCACCUCGAAGAGGAUGGACAGCAUCCACUCGAGCAUAUGCAUUCCGACGAGGGUCAGCAUAACGGGGAAGACGAAGCUGUGGACGCCAAUGCCAUUCCUGAGGAGCACGAUGCGACUGCCGACACGGAUGCUCAUCACUACCAACAGCAAACUGAAGAGGCCGCCCAGCAGGCUGUCGCUGCUGCAGCCGCUGCUCAAGCCGCUCAACGUGAGAGAGAGGGGCGCGAGGAGGAGGGACGCGAGGGGGAGGAGCAUGCGCACGAUCAUGAUGGCAUGACAUCGACGGCUGAGGGGGAGAUUGUGCUUGGAGACUCUGGCUCGCCAUCCGGCGACUCGCAUCAUCGCAGCAAAGUCCGCUCUGCCGGUGCUUCCGCGGCCAAUGCGGCGAAGCGGCGCAAGAUCAAUACGUGUCUGGAGUGCAAGUCGAGAAAAGUCAAGUGCGACAAAGUCAGACCACUCUGCGGGCCCUGCCGCAAGCACGGUUUGACGGAAGGAUGCACAUGGGCCAUCGAGGUCGCAGACCCUAGCAAUGGCGGUCAGGACGCAGGCUGGGCCGCUACUGAGCUGACUGCCGCAGCCAACGACGCCAACGCCGCAUCAUCAUCGUCGCAUCCAAAUGGUGGAUGGGCUUCGCCGGCAGCAGCAGCUCUCGCCAACCAAUUUGCAGCGUCCGCAGCUGUCCAAGCUGCAGCUGCCUCUGCGUCAGCCUCCGCAUCAGCAUCUGGAUCUUCAGCCGCAGCACGAGGGGACAGGGGGCCACAAGAAGACGGCAGUUCUUCCACGACGACCGAUCAGCAUCACGGCCACUUUGCAACUGCCUUUGCCGAUCCCAACGGGGCAGCUUCUCACCUCGAGUCUCUCCUCAGCGACAGAGGGCAAUUCGCCGCGUGGGGUCAGCAGUUUGCUGCUGCAUCUGAGCAUGAGCGCGGGACAGCCGCCGACGCAUUGGCAUUGAUCGCUCAGCAACAGGCGUCUUCGUCGUCGCAUCACACGAGUGCGCAGCGUGGUGGCCGCUUCCCCUUCUCUAUGCGCGCAGAAACGGCUCGCGACGCUAUGUCGCUUCUCCCCUCGGACGCCGAUGUCGACUGGCUCCUCGACGAGGUUCUUGACGCCCAAUUCGCAGCGGCAGCGACUUUCUACGCUAGCCAUCGGUUGGUCAGGCUCCAGCUUGCCAAGUUGAGGGAGACUGAGCAAGCGCAAGUGGACGUCUCUUUUCUCGCCCUCCUCUUUUACCUCCUCGUCCUCGCUGCGGAUGUGGCUCACCCAAACGACCUUGCAUCGCGGGGCAUCGUCGAGCGAGAGGACAGCGUACCAGGGCUCGUCGAAGCUUGGCAUGCGGCAGGAGAGGCGUGUCUAUCGGCUGCAGACGCGGCGGGAUCAGCCAACCUCAACUGCGUCAUGGCCCUCACUGCCGCGCGUCACUUCUACACUUGCCAAGGUCGACUGACGCAGGCUGCCACGACGCUGUGCGUAGCAAUACGACUCGCCCAAGCGAUGGGAUUGCACAGGCUGGGCUCUGCGGCUCAGGAUCAGGCGCGGUGGACGCGGGCGUCCCGCAAGGGAGCAAGAGCGUCGCGAGCGGAGGAUGUUGUCAGAGCGACGUUUGACCAUUCGACUCUUCAUCUUGCGGGAGAAGCGGGAGACUCUUUCCACGGAAUCGCCGGCCUACCUCGACGCUCUCAUCUUAUCCGAGAGGCGAGCCGAAGGCUGUGGUACCACCUAGUCGCACAGGACUGGCUCACUUCGUCAGAGCGUGGGAUACCGUCGCAGAUACCAGAGGGAUCGUGGAGUACAGCAUUGCCGCUCAAGGUGGACGAGGAGAGCUUGGCAGAAGGCGAUGGCGGGGCUCUUCCAACAGAGAAGGAGCUUGACAGCGAGCCGACCGAUGCCGCUGGCGUGUUGUAUCUGUGGUGGAUUGCGGAGGCGAGCGAGGCGCGAUCAGAGCGAGACGGCCUGCGAUCAGAGCCAGGAGGCCUGCGAUCAGAGCGACCCGGCUCUUCUUCGCCACCUCCUUCGCCAGACGUUCGCAUUGGCACUCGGCUGCAUUCACUCCUCGACGAAUUGCCCAUCUACCUGCGGCUCGACGGCGAGUCGGAGCACAACCCUGUGGUAAGAGAGCAAGAGAGUGCUCGGCCCUACCUGGCAGCACUUCGCUUCGUCGUCCUGACCACGAUACACCAUCGGCUGCUGAGGCUACAUCGGCGGUGUCUCGCGGCGCGAGGCACGCAGGGCGAGGUCGAGGGCGAGGAGGGCGAGCAGUCUCAACAAACGAGGAGCACAAGAGCAUCGGUCGACGCAGCCAGAAUGAUCAUCUUCAUCCGCCAAUCCAUUACGCAGCGGGAUCAUCAGCCUACAGGAUCCAGCGGCACGGCGUCGUCCAGCAGCGCAGGAGCAGCUGGCGGUGGAUUCGAGAAGUUCUGGUUGUACCGCCACCUCAUCUUCGACGCCGCGCUUGCACUUGCUGUCCAUCUCUUGCGUCUCACCACAGCGACGAAGCAGGAUGGACACGUGGAGGGCAGUCUCAACAACAGCGAGGAGGAGCGCGCCAGACUACGAGACGAGAUCAGCGUAGCUGUCAGCAUGCUGGCGUACGAUCCGCAUGCACUUAGCGGGCAUGGAGGAGCGGCAGCGGCGGCGGCGGCGGCGGCGUCGUCGCCGAAUGGCAAUGCUGGAAGCGGGGCAGCGCAGGGCGAUCCGUUUGCACGCGCGAGGCAGAUUGUCGCCCGGGUGCUCGCUAGCGGAGCGAAGGAGGAGGGGCAUGACAGGGCGGGCGGCGAAGAGUUGGAGACUCUGUAUGCGGAGGUUGGUGACGUCGACGCCGCUGCGGCGCAAGAGGAGCAGGAGGAUGGCGCGACAGAUCUCAGCCUUGCCGCGUCGCUGGGGAGGCUCAUCGCCGAGGCGCAGGGUAAGGGGACGGUGGAGGACGAAGCGAGAGACAAGGACCUUCUGUGGACCGUUCUCAGCCUACACGCACGGCCGGGCUUCGUGUAGGCAUGCGCGCGAUGUCGGCGUGCCGCAGGCGAUGUUGUAGAUUGGUAUAUACCACGACAAUAAGAUUAGCAACUCGAGAGAUGACAUGAGGCAGUGCCCACCGCCACCUCAGCUGCGCGACACGAGCUUCGUCCACUUGUCCGUCAGC